CCAGUAUACUCGGAGAGAAAAAAAGGGCAUUCACAAACCCAAUACAACAGGCAAAAUACACACAUUCGCUCGCUCUCUCCAGUCGUCUAUGUAUUCUGUAGCAAGAAUGAAGUCGGACCGCAAGCCGCCGCUCCCUAAAUCGCCGAUCAGGCUUCGAACCCGUCCAGAUCUUCGCUCAAACUCAGCCUCUCUGCAAACCCCAUCAGGCUCUUUGGCAAAAUCUGAGAGACCAAAUCGUUGUUGGGACAACCAGGAAACGGAUCUUCGACCCGAGUACCGCUCAAUCUCGUGCGAGUUGCGGGCUUUAGCGAAGAUGGUACGCAACGAGUUUGGCAACGGAGAUUCAGACAGUGAUGGGAUUGCUAAUUCUUUCGGUGCCAAUUCGAGUCCUCUGUUUGAGAGGGGUCGGUUUUACGAGGAGUACUCCGCUAGAAGGAACGAGAGGCUGAGGAGCAAGAAGAACGAGACAGGGCAUGAGAGGAAGACCGCGUACAGUCUCGGUGUCACGGGGGAGUCUGCGAAAAGGAGCAGCAGUACGAAGAAGCUUGUGAACUUGAGGAAAUCGGUCUCGGCGGCUUACUCGGUGGAGCAGAUCGAGGCCCCGACUUCGAGGUAUAUGCUGAGAAGUAUGACGAAGGAGAACAAGAAGCCACCUCUGCCUGUCAAUUCUAGGAAAUCUUCAGUGCUUGGUGCAGAGCCAAAAAUGGGGACUCGAAGCGUUCGGAGAGGCUGAGUUUCGAAACACUUGAGAAUUUUCAGUGAAUUCUACAGUUUUAUUAUUUUUAUUUACUUUUUUUUUUUUGGACUAUUGGUACUCAAGGAAGUUGAUUAUUU